AACCAAAACUCAUAAUUUGCCUGUUUUCUAGCAGUGUAGAUAAAAUCCUUUCUGCUGAAAUAUUCUGUUCUCCAGUGCAAGGUUUUCCCUUCGAUAGCCAGGCCUUGCUAGCUGCGGUUGCUAGCCGCCACUCGGAUAAACUUUGUUUUGUUUAGAGUUGCUGUUUAAUUAUUUCUUCAGAUUGCUCCUGCUUUUUUUAACGACGAACUUUAGAUAAAAAGAUGGAUACAGACAAAUUUAACUAUGUUUACAGUUGUGACCUGGACAUAAACGUUCAACUUAAGAUAGGUAGUUUGGAGGGAAAGAGAGAGAGGAAGAGUUACAAAGCCCUUUUGGAAGACCCCAUGCUUCGUUUCUCCGGCCUGUACCAGGAGAACUGUUCCGACUUGUACGUCACUUGUCAGGUGUUCGCUGAGGGCAAGCCGCUCGCCCUGCCGGUCCGUACCUCCUACAAGGCCUUCAGCACCCGCUGGAAUUGGAACGAGUGGAUCCGGUUGCCGGUGAAGUACCCUGACCUGCCUCAGAGUGCCCAGGUGGCUCUGACCGUGUGGGACGUCUACGGGCCGGGCAGGGCUGUACCUGUAGGGGGCACCACUGUCACUCUCUUUGGAAAAUAUGGAAUGUUCCGGCAAGGCAUGCAUGAUCUGAAGGUGUGGCCGGGGGUGGAGGGAGAUGGGGAGGAACCCACCACCACUCCAGGCAGGACCAGCAGCACCCUGGCUGAGGACCAGAUGGGACGACUAGCGAAGCUGACUAAAGCUCAUCGGCAGGGUCACAUGGUGAAGGUGGACUGGUUGGACCGUUUGACCUUUCGGGAGAUUGAGAUGAUAAACGAGAGUGAGAAACGCAGCUCUAACUUCAUGUACCUCAUGGUGGAAUUCCCCAGAGUCAGAUCUGGAGAGAAGGAAUACAGCAUCGUCUACUACGAAAAGGAUGGAGAUGAAGCCGCCCCAAUGCUAACCAGUUCAGACAUCGUGAAAGUCCCAGACCCCCAGAUGUGUAUGGAGAACCUGGUAGAGAGCAAACAUCACAAGCUGGCCCGUAGUCUGCGAAGUGGGCCAUCUGACCACGACCUGAAACCCAACGCUGCCACGAGAGACCAGCUCAACAUUAUAGUCAGUUACCCGCCCACUAAACAGCUAAGCUCAGAGGAGCAGGACCUGGUGUGGAAAUUCCGUUACUACCUCACCACACAGGAAAAGGCCCUGACUAAGUUCCUGAAGUGUGUGAACUGGUCAUUGCCCCAGGAGGCCAAGCAGGCCUUGGAGCUGCUGGGAAAAUGGAAGCCCAUGGACGUGGAGGACUCACUGGAGCUCCUCUCCUCCCAGUUCACCAACCCCACAGUCAGACGCUACGCCGUCGCACGACUCCAGCAGGCCGACGAUGAGGAUUUGCUGAUGUAUCUCUUACAGCUGGUCCAGGCUCUGAAGUACGAGAACUUUAACGACAUUCAGGGGGGUCUGGAGCCCAGCAGUAAGAGAGAGAGCGGACUGGGAGAGAGCUCGGCACUGGGAGACCUGGACAGUUCUCAGAUGACGUCCGUUUCGGUAGCUGCUCCCAGUACACAGAAAGGAAAGGAGGGGACGGAUGGAGAGAACCUGGAGCAGGACCUGUGCACCUUCCUAAUAUCGCGGGCCUGCAAGAACUCUACACUGGCCAACUAUCUAUACUGGUAUGUGAUAGUGGAGUGUGAGGACCAGGACACACAGCAGAGAGACCCCAAGACUCAUGACAUGUACCUGAACGUAAUGAGGAGAUUCAGCCAGGCCCUGCUAAAGGGUGAUAAGAGUGUGAGAGUGAUGCGCUCUCUCCUGGCUGCCCAGCAGACGUUUGUGGACAGGCUGGUUCAGCUGAUGAAGGCUGUUCAGCGGGAGAGCGGAAACCGCAAGAAAAAGACGGAGCGUCUGCAGGCUCUGUUGGCCGAUAACGAGAAGGUGAACCUUGCCGAGAUCGAGCCGAUCCCCCUCCCCCUGGAGCCGCAGGUCAGGAUCCGCGGCAUCAUCCCCGACACGGCCACGCUCUUCAAGAGCGCCCUGAUGCCUGCUAAGCUGAUUUUUAAGACAGAGGACGGAGGGCUGUAUCCCGUCAUCUUUAAACACGGAGAUGAUCUGAGACAGGAUCAGCUUAUUCUACAGAUCAUCUCCCUGAUGGACAAGUUAUUGCGGAAAGAGAAUCUCGACCUGAAGUUGACUCCGUAUAAAGUUCUGGCCACCAGCACAAAACACGGCUUUAUGCAAUUUGUCCAGUCUGUCCCGGUAGCAGAGGUUCUAGCUACUGAAGGCAACAUACAGAGUUUCUUCCGGAAGCACGCUCCCAGUGACAAAGGCCCCUAUGGAAUCAGCCCAGAGGUUAUGGACACGUAUGUAAAGAGCUGCGCGGGUUAUUGUGUCAUCACCUACAUCCUGGGUGUUGGGGACAGACACCUGGACAACCUGCUACUCACCAAAACAGGGAAGCUGUUCCAUGUGGAUUUUGGUUAUAUUUUGGGGCGGGACCCCAAGCCUCUGCCUCCUCCAAUGAAACUGAGUAAAGAGAUGGUGGAAGGAAUGGGAGGGAUGCAGAGUGAGCAGUACCAGGAGUUCAGGAAACAAUGUUACACCGCCUUCCUGCACCUGCGCAGGUAUUCCAACCUCAUCUUGAAUUUGUUCUCUCUGAUGGUGGACGCCAACAUCCCUGACAUUGCACUGGAACCUGAUAAAACUGUUAAAAAGGUGCAGGAUAAGUUCCGAUUGGACCUGUCGGACGAGGAGGCGGUGCACUACAUGCAGAGUUUGAUUGACGAGAGCGUGGGAGCCCUGUUUGCUGCCGUGGUUGAACAGAUACACAAGUUCGCUCAGUACUGGAGGAGAUGAACAACAUAUGAUGGAGGCCGGAAUUCAGAUGAAGAUGAAAACACGGACAGCCACUAUCGUAGCUAUGUAGUAGUACACCUGUGAGAGAGAGAGAGAGAGAGAGAGAGAGAGAGAGAAAAAGAGGGGCAGGGUGGGGGGCAGUGGUGAAAUGCCAAGAAAACACCGCAGAGAUGACAUACGUAUGCACUGCCAAAUUUGAAGUUGCAAUGCAAACACAAAACCAUGGAUGCUUAAAAAUUG